AAAUAUCAGUGGGAGGAGUAAACUUGCGGAAAUAGGUUAGUCGGCAAUAAGCUUUACAUUAUAGUCCGGGGAGGUUGGUUUUUCCAAGGCGUAAAAGAAAACCAGAAUUUCUAAGCAGACAGCACAACCUUGGGGAAGGAUACCUUGAAUAGAAGAAAGAAGCUGUCAUCUGGCGUAAACCUCUGUCAUCAUGGAGUUCCUGUUUGGAAAAAGGAAGACGCCAGAAGAGAUGCUACGUCAAAACCAAAGGGCAUUGAAUCGAGCCAUGAGAGAUUUGGACCGUGAGAAGCAAAAGCUGGAGCAGCAGGAAAAAAAGAUCAUUAUGGACAUUAAGAAGAUGGCUAAACAGGGACAGAUGGAUGCAGUUAAAAUCAUGGCAAAGGACUUGGUGCGGACAAGGCAUUAUGUAAAGAAGUUUAUCAUGAUGAAAGCAAACAUUCAGGCAGUGUCACUGAAGAUCCAGACCUUGAAAUCUAACAACUCGAUGGCACAGGCUAUGAAAGGGGUCACCAAAGCCAUGGCAACCAUGAACAGACAGCUAAAGCUGCCCCAGAUCCAGAAGAUCAUGAUGGAAUUUGAGAAACAAUCUGAAAUCAUGGACAUGAAGGAAGAGUUGAUGAAUGAUGCAAUUGAUGAUGCUAUGGGUGACGAAGAUGAUGAAGAAGAGAGUGAUGCCGUUGUCGCCCAGGUGCUGGAUGAACUUGGUCUUUCAGUUGCAGAUGAUCUUUCCAAACUGCCAUCAACAGAUGGAGGAUCUCUCAGUGUUCCAGCAAAGAAAGCAGAGCCCCAGGCUGCUUUAGCAGAUGCUGAUGCAGACCUGGAGGAACGGCUGAACAACCUUCGUCGUGACUAGAUUGCACACUGCUUUCACUUGUUUGUAGUGCACAAUGCACCAUAGACAGAGAAAAGUUUCUUAUUUCAUGAACAAUUAAUUUUGUAUAGGUUCUGUAUUUUAUAUAAGUGGUUAUAAUAUAUGCAUCAUCACUUUCCCGACCUGCUUCUGAAUUACAUACACAGAUUAGUACCAGGGGAGAGGUAAUGAUCAUUAUAGUUUAAUGUUUAGAAAAUUAUUUUUUCUUUAAAUCAUAUGUUUUUGUUAUGUUUAGGUAGAGUUUCUUUUGUUUGAUUUUAGUAUGCUAAGGUGUUCAUGUUUCAUGUUAGGGCAGACUUUACUCAAGCUAUAAACAUACUGGCAUUGCAUUUGGUGAGCUUGAGUGGCCCUCUCUGUAUUGGAAAAGAACAGUUAGUGCUUACAGCAUAGGCUUUGUAAUGUCAGUUAUGCUUAGCACAAGGUCUAUAUGAUAUUGUACAUCUUUAGAACUAGGGGGAAGUGUGGUAAUAUGUAUGAUUAUGGGCUUAAGACAAAGAAUUUGUGGUAAUGGCAUGCCCAUUUAUGUACUGCUAGUGUAUGGGAAGUUAUUUUCCACACACAUGCAUCUAGUUCUGUCACGAGUCCCAUGCUGAUGUGCAUUCUGAGAGAUUUUCUUUUUAAUUAACGCACAUGGCAUCAGUUCAAAACAUCCCACUUUACUGCUAAGCUUUAAAUUACUUAAAAGCAGUUUGUUUUUCAAGGCUUCUUUUGUUAUUUAACAAAAAUAUUUGUGUCACUGAAAGAUGCCACAAGCCAUUGAGACACUUAAUUGUGGACUGUAGUAAAUAUACUAAUGUAGUACAGUGGUGGUUGGUCCCUUUAAAUAAGUUUACUUGGAAGGAAAUAGCAACACAGGGGUUGCUGGCAUACAUUGCUGCUGUCUGGGUGGGCAGGUCAGAUGUGAGUUUCUUUUUCAAGUUUAAGAUUUAGCACAGCCAGAUGAAGUUAAUGGCACCCUUCCCAAGUAUUCUCGUUCAUCUCAUUGUACCAGGGACAGGUAGAAAAGGAUACCAACCAUCCCAAUAUACUGGAAGUUUGGCAUAAAACUUUCUACUCUGUCUACUUCAUAGUAGUACCAUUUAGGGAGGGCUUUUUUGGGAGUGAUAGGGCAUGUGACUUGCAGCAAGUUUGGGCUGUUUUCUAUAUGUAUUGCAGAUGGACGAAACAGGAUCUUUUGUAUAAUCUCACUUUUUGAAAAUGAAAAAAGUUUUGCUUAGCUUGACUGUUCAGGCACAUGAAGCUGAUGAAGAUAGAGUAUGGUACUGCUCAGCACUCAUCCAUUCUGUUUGCAAGAUAUUCACACACACACACGCACGCACACACACACACACACACACACACACACACACACACACACACACGUGCCAUUAUUGUAGCUGCUGAAUCUGCUUUAAUGUCUAUAAAGAAUAUUUGAAGGUCACAAGAUUUGUUGUAGUAGCUACAUUUUCAUAGAGAACCCCAAGACAUAUUUUCCAUUCCAGCCAUUCCAUGUUAUUUCAGAUUAUUCUGCUGAGCUUUAAAUGACUACUGCUUUUGAAGCAACAGAAGUAAAACCUGAAUAGGCUGAUGUCUGUGUUCUAAUUUGAGAAAUGUAUGUAUGUUAGCAUGUAUAAAUGCAAGCACACAUUUGAUCUUCUGAGUUUACCUGCAUAGAUAUGUUACUGUGAUAUUACACUAAACAGUUCUAGAAUAAGUACAGCUUUAUACUGCUUUUUGUUCAACAUUUUGUGAUCCUGUUUUGUGUUUCCAGUUUAAAAGACUGCUUAGAAAAAAAUGCACACCAUUUCUUGAUGCUUCACUUCUUCCACAAUUGAGCUACUGUACUAACCUUGACUUUUAUUUCACUUCCUUCUACCCUUUCUUGUCUAAUAUCCAUGCUUCUUGUCUUGUUCCACCUCCUGCAUCAUUGGAUAACCGUGAGGAAUACAUUCUAGCUUACACCACAGAAUAUGACUGUUUUGGAUUGCCAUCUUUUGGCACAGUUUUACACUCAUUAAAAAGAUCUACUCCUUGUGCUUGCCACACCCAUGGCUGGUGCUGCAGAGUAAACCAUCCACAACAGAUAGUAUUUGGUGACUUAAAGGAAGUCAUUUAGGACCUCGUACUAUAGGCCACUUGAAUCUUGGAAGAAAUUUUUCUCCCUCGUCAUUUAAGAUGAUUGAGCAUAUAGUGAGUAUUUGUUUGCGAAAUAUCUGCCUAUGCUAGGAUUUUAAUCAACUACUAGAUUCGUGAGUGAUGAGUUCCUCUACCUCCCCACUCUGAAUUAACCGAAAGGCACUCUGAAUGCAUUUUGACAGCUUUUAGGUCUCAUAACCAGUGUGUACCAUUUUGUGGAAGCUUCUGAUCCUUCAGUAUUUGUUGAACUGUACAUUGUUAAAACAAAGGCCACAACUAAAAAAAUAUAUUGAUUUGGACAAGGGUGGUGGUUGAAAACCAGGACAAACUCCUGACAUCUUUUAAGAAGCUUGUCUGUUCUGUGUCCGAUAUGCAUUAUUACAUUAAGCCCAGCUAAACUGUCUCAUCCUCCAGCAUGAAUGAUCUUUCAAAACAAUAUUUUAAAAUAGAAAAAAAAGGAGGCAACUUUCAGAAAGUGUACAGCAAACGUUGCAGAACAGUCAGAAAGUAGAGUUCUGAAAGCAGAUGACAUGUCUUCAUUCUUUGAACUGUGUUGUAUUAAACUUCAUGAACAGGGUAAAUGCACACAUUUUCAGUUUGUUGAAUUUAAGGUAUUGGGGAAACUAAAUGUACUGCACUACAUACAGUUCUGAUUAUAGCUUUAUUGUACAGAAUAUAUUGUAUGGAUAAAUAUUUCUAUAUAAUUCUUUGAUCAUGAGAAAUUUUGCAUUUCUUUAGUUUUGGAUACAUUUGACUAUUCAAAUAAAUUACAUUAAGUUAUGA